AUGUCUCAACCACUUCCUCAACCAAUAUCGCCCGAUGGUCCUCGCUCGCACUCGACUAACGAUCACGUCAAUGGAAUAGCAGACGGCCUCGCCUCACUCGAAACAGACCAGCGCGACCUAAAAGGAAAAUGGACGAAACUAAUGGGCCAGCCAAAGCCAGUGAUGCACAAAAAGGCAUCUGUCCUUAUGCUAUACUGGGAUCCAGCGUAUACCUCACUUCGUGGGGUGCGAGCGCUACGCGAGGUCUUCGAAACGAGAUACAACUUCAAGGUGGUCGAGGGCAUGAUUGAUACGAAGGACAAGUACCCGCAGAUCCAGGCUUUCCAACAUGUCUCCAACUUUGUCGCCAGUGAAGAUUCCGAGAACGGUCUACUGCUAGUCUAUUACGCUGGUCAUGGCCACACUGAGGCUGCUAGCCUUGGACGGAUCACACUGUCAGGGGCAUAUACCGAAGACGAAAGCGAGAAGAAAUUCGCCUCGAUUGAGUGGUCGUCAGUCGAGCUCGUUCUGAGCAAGACAAAAUCAGACGUCCUAGAGAUCUUCGACUGCUGCCACGCUGGCCUCUUGUGCACGCAGGCUGAGUUCAGAAGUUUUACAAGGUGCUUCGAGAUCCUCGCCGCCUGUGCACACAAUCAACGAACCCCAGCACCAGGGCCCAAUUCAUUCACGACCGCCCUCAUACGAGCACUCAAAGAACUUGCCUGCAGAGAGGGGUUCUCAACCGACCAGUUGUAUUCAAAGCUGAAGGAGUAUGAUGUUUUCGACAACACGCGAAUGCCAGAACUCUACCAAUCCAGGUUUCUACCGCCGUCGGGCUUCGAAAUUGCACCCGACCCAUUGCACCUUGCCCCAAUCUCCAAGUCUGGCAACGACACAUCGGGCACAUUCAGAAGCGAUCGUAACAAGGAGGUUGAGAAUGAACAACUACUCCAUCUUCGCUUCCAUUAUCGAACUGAAGUAAGCGAUGCCGACCUGGAACAACUCGCCCGAGUCCUCAACAACCAAGUCGUCAAUUCAAAACGCAUCAAAGCCCACCGUGUCACUGCUCUCGGAAAAUACAAUAUCGCCACAUAUGACUUGACUACGAGGAAUAUGAUGAAGAGAUUUGGCACAACGUGGAUGACAAGGGCGAGGCAGAAGAGCAAUGCGUUUCAGCGACCUGAAAUCGAUCUUCAAGAUCCUAUCGUUCACCCUGCUGGCCCCUGCUGCACCAGCGAUGUUGACGACGCCAGGUCCUUCUGA